AUGGCUCCCAAAGGGAACGGGCCAUUGGUACCAAUUCUGGGCUUCCUGACGUGUGUGGCAUUCAUCUACCUCUCAUUUGGAGAUUUGUGGUCGGGUUACAACGGGGAGGCCGAGUUAGGGUUCGUGAAACGGAACGGGACGGAGUUCGUGGUUGAUGGAAAGGCGCUGUAUGUGAACGGGUGGAACUCGUACUGGUUCAUGGACCACGCCGUGAAUGAUCAUAGCAGACACCGUGUGGGGGCUAUGCUUGAAGCUGGAGCCAAGAUGGGUCUCACUGUUUGUAGGACCUGGGCCUUCAACGAUGGCGGCUACAACGCUCUCCAGAUCUCUCCUGGCAGAUUCGAUGAACGUGUCUUCAAGGCCUUGGAUCAUGUAAUCGCAGAGGCAAAGACACACGGUGUUAGGUUGCUUCUUAGCUUAGUGAAUAACUUACAAGCCUAUGGAGGCAAGACUCAGUACGUGAAUUGGGCAUGGCAAGAAGGUGUUGGUCUCAGCUCCUCCAAUGACUCCUUCUUCUUUGACCCUUCUAUCCGCAGAUACUUCAAGAAUUAUCUCACCGUGCUACUAACCCGGAAAAACUCGAUAACCGGGAUCGAGUACAGAAACGACCCAACAAUAUUUGCAUGGGAGUUGAUAAACGAGCCUCGCUGCUACACUGACAUCUCUGGGGAUACCCUCCAAGACUGGAUCAACGAAAUGACAGCAUUCAUAAAAUCGAUAGACAAGAAGCAUCUUCUAACCGUAGGCUUGGAAGGCUUCUACGGUCCCAAGAGCCCUAAACGGUUGACAGUUAACCCGGAACGGUGGGCCUCUGAGCUUGGCUCUGACUUUGUGCGAAACUCUCUUUCCCCAAACAUUGAUUUUGCCUCGGUUCAUAUCUACCCUGAUCACUGGUUUCACGAUAAGGGGUUUGAAGAGAAGCUAAAGUUUGUGGUGAAAUGGAUGCUAUCUCACAUUGAAGACGGGGACAAGGAACUCAAGAAGCCUGUUCUCUUCACCGAGUUUGGGCUGUCUAAUCUGAACAAGGACUACGAGCCGUCGCAGCGGGACAGGUUCUACAGAACAAUAUUUGAUGUCGUGUACAAAUCAGCGGAGCGGAGGAGGUCUGGUGCAGGGACACUGGUGUGGCAGUUUCUGAUACAUGGCAUGGAAGGCUUCAAUGAUGACUUUGGGAUUGUGCCCUGGGAACAAGAUUCCAUCCAGAGAUUGAUGAUUGAGCAAUCUUGCAGAUUGGCUCGGGUCGCAGGACGACAUCUUCAGGACAGCAAGUCCAGAGAUAUGUGUUCGCACAGACCAUGA